AUGAAACAGAAUAUCAAUGUUUUGAAUACAUUGAAGGUUUUUAAAAUAAAUAUGGUUAAUACAAGAAAACGAAGGUCGUCUAAUGUAAAUGAUUCUGGCAAAACAAACAAAAAAAAAUUAUUAAAUAAAAAUACAAACUCUUUAGAUAAUUCAAAAACAAAUCCAAAUAUUAGAGAAGUUGAAUUUUUAAAUCUUUCUAUAGAAGAACAACAAAAGGCAGAUUGGGAGUAUAAAGCUGGACAGUUACAAAAAGGUGCAAGAAUCUUUGCUCAUUUUAAUGGAUUAUAUUAUCCUGCACAGGCGACUGGUAAUUCAAAAGUAACAUCUAGAGAAGUUAUUUUUUUAGAUGACAAAACAAUUAAAUAUGUUCCUGUUAGUGGAAUAUAUAGAUUAAAUGAGUUAAGCGUUGAAACAAAAGUUGAAGUAAUAUUAUUUGACAUAACAAGUGAAUCAACAUAUUUUUCUCCAGGAAUAAUAGUAAAAUGCCCCUCACCAGAUGAUAUUAAUGAAUUUUAUAAUGGAAAUUAUCUUGUUUAUUUAGAAAGAAAACGAGAAGCUCGACAAUUUAAUUGGACACAAAUUUGUCUUAGUAAAGGAGUAAAUAAAAAUUCAAAAAAUUUAGAAAUGGAAAUUCAGAAUGGACUUGUUCAUGUUAAAUCAAAAGAGCCAAUGGCAAAGUCUGAAUUUUGUGAUCCAAUAAUUGGUAGAUCAUCAGAAAGAUAUAGAGCAAAAGGUGAAGCUGUAAUUAGAAAAUCAUCAUAA